UACGUUACGUGCUAGGCUGCUGCAUGAUAGUUAAUCACUAUAUAUAUAUAUAAGCAAGCUCAAAUGCAUCUUUCCUUCUCUUAUAUUUAUUUCAAAGUGUCUUUAAAGCUUCAACAAUGGCGUCCUUGUAUACAGUCGGGAAAUCAUGGGUUUUAGCAGUAACCAUAGUAUGCAUGUCUAUUUUCUGGUUCCACUUGUGCAAGGCUGAUGAAGAUUUUCCUGAAACAGGCAGUGUUGGUGAUGAUCCAGCUCAAAUUGUCGCCAAGGCAUUGCUAUGUUUCAAUGAUAAAUAUAUUUAUAGCAGCUGUGAAGAAUCUAACAGAUUGAGUGCAACUGGAAAUCUAGACGUCCCACCUGAAUACACCGACGAAUAUUGCAGUGGACCUUGCCUCUCAGAGACCCACCUUGUUCUCAACUGUAUAGAGAACAUCAUGAAAAACUUUGUGUUCUACAACAAGGCAACCAUUCACGAUAUCAGAGACACAAUUAAGGCUGGAUGUAGCUAUGGUCCUGAAAGAGGUAAUUUCGACGUUGAAGAGCACCUUGAAGCUGAGGAAAGCGGUUCAAACAAGGCAGGCACUAGCAUUUUGUUUGGGGUUGGGUCCAUUAUUAUAGGGCUCACCCCAUUCCUUUGACAUGUUUAAUAAUCUAUAAUCUACAGAGCUCAAGGAUUCCCUGUCUCUGCUUUCAAUUACUCUGUUUCAAAGUCAUGUAUUUAUAUGUAUUUAUUUACUGCUUUCACUAAAAAAUAAGGUUGUCUGAUACUUUUUUAACUCAAAGAUGGGACCAAGAGAUCUUAUUAAUAUCUCUUCCAGAAUCUAAAAGUGAUUCUAGAGAUUUUUUUAUAAUCAUUCCAUAACACAAUUAAGAUUAAAUAGAAGUCAGUCAUAUAUUUAUACGUCAACUCGUUGUUCAAUCUUGUCAUCAUUUCAGACCUAAUUAUAAUAAUAUGCAUAGUAAAGAGAUUAAAUCAGACCAAAUAAUAAAGAUUGGCUUUUGGCCCUUGGUGUGAACAAUGCAACAAUAAACCUGGAAACUAAUGACAAGAAAACCUGUAAGAUUCUGAAAUCAACCAGAAAAUUUUGAUGCUUGAGAUUCUAAGAUUAAAAAAAAAAAAAAGUAUUAAUGUUAUGGAGUUAAAACUUUUUUUAAAGUAGAAAGAAGGAAAAAAAAAACUACUAUUCCCUCUACAAUGUGCCAAAACAUCCCUCUAUUUUUCCUGUAAAAAAAAAUACUACCGUUUCCCCCAUUAAUGGCAUCUUUCAAGACCAUGAUCUCCAUUUUGAUGCAAUUCUCAAGAACCGCCCCAUGUCUUCUAUGGCGAUCAAGAACCCAUAUUUUCUACAUGUUCUUGCUCCUUCUUUCCCUCUUCUUCCUUUCAACGUCGUUCAACCAGCGUUCCCCGACCGCGUUAGCCUUGGCAUUAGCAACUCGCCUUCGAUUUGCCGCCGACUACAUCGCCUCCUUCACCUCCGUUUCUUCUUCCAACACCUGCAUUGUCUCCGACGUUAGGAGCAACUGCACUCUUUCUUCGGUCACCGCUGUUGAACGAACUCCUGGGAAUUCUCUCGAAGACGGGAACGAUGUGAUUAAAGACCUUAGUUCUUGCGACAUUUUUAAUGGCAACUGGGUCUUGGAUGAUUCUCGCCCUGCUUACAUACCAGGGUCUUGCCCCUACGUUGAUGAUUCUUUCAACUGCUUCAAGAACGGCCGGGUCGAUUUCAGUUACGUUAGAUACCGAUGGAAGCCUUUUGAUUGUCAAAUUCCAAGGUUUAAUGGGAGGAAAAUGCUGGAAAUGUUGAGAGGUAAGAGGCUGGUUUUCGUGGGAGAUUCUUUGAAUAGGAACAUGUGGGAAUCACUGGUGUGUUCAUUGAGAGAAUCAUUGAAAGAUAAGAGAAGUCUCUUUGAAGUUUCCACCAGGAAUGAGUACAGGACUCAAGGUUUCUUUUCUCUCAGAUUCCAGGAUUACCAGUGCACAAUAGACUUCAUCAAAUCACCAUUCCUAGUCCAAGAAUGGAAAAUCUCUGAUAAAAGUGAGAUUAGGAGGGAGACACUGAGGCUUGACAUGAUUCAGGGUUCUAAGUACAGUGAUGCCGAUAUAAUUGUCUUUAACACUGGCCAUUGGUGGACUCACCAAAAAACUGGCAAAGGCAAAAAUUACUUCCAGGAAGGCAGCCAUGUCUAUGACAGAAUGGAAGUAAAAGAAGCAUUUACAAAGGCAUUGAAAACAUGGGCACAAUGGGUUGAUUCCAACAUUGAUAGAAAGCACACCAGGGUCUUCUUUGCAGGAUACUCUUCUUCUCAUUUCAGGAAAGGGCAGUGGGAUACAGGUGGGAACUGUCAUGGUGAAACAGAGCCUAUAUCAAAUGAGACCAGCUUAGCACCAUAUCCAUGGAUGAUGAGCAUCCUGGAAUCAGUAAUAUCAGAAAUGAAAACACCAGUAUUUUAUCUCAACAUCACCAAGAUGACAGCUUACAGAAAAGAUGGGCAUCCAUCGAUUUAUCGACCAUUAGAGAUCCCGAGGACCCCCGGCAUGUUCCAGGAUUGCAGCCAUUGGUGCCUCCCAGGUGUUCCAGACUUCUGGAAUGAGCUUCUCUAUGCCGCCUUGCUAAUAUCGGGCCAUGACCUACCAAAUAAUCAUUAACAUCAUUUCCUUUUCAGUUCUUUUUCUCAAGUUCUAAUGUUAGUUCCCCCCCCCCCCUUUACUGUGUGUAUAUCAAAUGUCUGAUAAAAACCAGUGUCAAAACCAUUGAAGUAAAUGUUUUGUAAUGAAAUUGCAUUGAAAGAAUUUGAGUUUAUCCUCAUUUAUAUUA